UUUUAUAAUUUUCAUAAUAGUAAAAAAAAACCAGCUGUAUAAUACAUUUAAUAUUUGAAAAUCUGUCAAAAGUUUCAUAGUUACCAUGGCAACUCUCUUCUAUACCAACAUUAAAUGUCAAAAAAUUUAAAGUUAUCACGUAAAAAAUUGUUCUUAUUGUACUUAAGUGAUGCUCAGGGCUUUAAUUAAACCCCCAAUGAUACAAUUCCGGCCGAUAAGUUAAAAGGGAAUGAUGAAUAACCCCCAAGAUGAUGGUGGAGGAUAUAAUUCUUUGGACUUACCGCGCCAUGGAAAAAUACCAAAGUGGCUUCGAGAUAUUACAAGAAGUGUAACACAAUUGGAAAAUCAAGUUCCUAUCGAUAACGAAUAUAGUUUCGGUCCAGUUAAAAUUUUAGAACCAAAUUCAGUUCCGGAUUACUUACCCAACGAAUUACCGCUAAAAGGGACAUCUCAACCGGUAAAAUACGGUCGAAGAGCGUCGAUAAUAUCAGGAUUUCAAGCAACGUUAACCCCGAAAAACGUAAAAAUGUCAAACGAAAACUAUUUAAUACCAAGUUUGGAUCAUUUAAAUUACGCCUUCGAUUUUGACCAACAAAAUGCGUUAGAAAAAAGUUGGAAAAGCUUAAACGCGUUUCAAAAAUCGCAUAAAGGUCGUUUAGAUAGUGCCAGUAAUAUUAAAAGUUUACCAAACUUUUCACUCGCUCCAACCAUAUCUAAAAUUUCAACUACAUCAUCGGAAGAAUUUACUUCAGAUUAUGAAAUGUCAGAAAAACCAAGAAAUCGUGCUAAAAGCGAAUUAUCAAAUCAUCUUCCUUCUUACGUUUACAACAAUCAUUUUAAAAAGAACCAAAUUUAUAACCCCAAAUCGAAAUCGAGCGAAGAUUUUAAACAAAUCGAUUUUAAACACGGUGUUGUUAACGAUUAUCGAUUAAAAGUUGCUCAAGAAGAGGAAUUUCGAAGAAUAAUCAUUCAUGAGUUAUUAACGGAUAAUGAAAGGAUUAUUCAACAAACUCGGAGAUUGUCUGAGCCAAAACCGACUAGUUUAAAUUUAAACGAUUUUAAGACAAAUAAGGAAGUUAAAUCGGAUAUAAAACGAGUUAAAAAGGAAGAAUUUAUUAUUCCUACUUUGCCGAAAGGCAAAAUGUUAGUUUUUAAUAUUUUAAGUACUUGGGGUGAUAAAUAUUACGUCGGUUUGAAUGGGAUCGAUAUUUACGGUGAUGAUGGGAGAAUAAUUAAUGUUAAAAAAAUUUUAGCGAAUCCUUCCGAUGUUAACAUCCUUCCGGAAUACAACAACGACCCUCGGAUAGUAACUAAUUUAUUAGACGGUGUUAAUAAAACUCAAGAUGACGUUCAUUUAUGGUUAACACCAUUCAUUUAUGGACAUAAUCAUACGAUUUUAAUGGAAUUUGAAGAUGUUGCAACGGUUGCGAUGAUUAGAAUUUGGAAUUAUAAUAAAUCCCGAAUACAUUCGUUUCGAGGCGCAAAAGAUGUCGAAAUAAAAUUAGAUGAUACAUUAAUUUUUAUUGGGGAGAUCAGAAAAGCUUGCGGAGGUAUUUUAGGAGGUAUCGAAGCAUUUGGUGAUCUCAUUUUAUUUACAACCGACGAAAAAAUUUUGGAUAAAAUCGCUGAAAACGACGUGUUUUAUCCAACAUUAACAUCCAAUUCGUAUCAUCUUGAUAAGAUUAACCACUUAGAAAGACCAUCGACUUCUGCUUUUAAACAAGAACAAUCGUUAAUCGGUUUAAAAUCGUCUGAUCAAGAAAUUUUAUUUGGAGCUUCGGAAUUAAAAAUAAUCUUAAUAGAAAAUUGGGGCCAUAACAACUUAAUUGGUUUAACGGGAUUAGAAAUUGUACAAGGAGGUGAAAAUAUCCUAAAACUUAACCCCGAUUGUUUACAAUGCAACGUUAAAUCGACUAAUUUAAACGUUUUAAUCAAUGAAAAGAAUUUAACAACCGAUGAUAAUGAAAUGUGGUUGGCCGAUUUUAAUAAAAAUGCAACUUGUUUUGAGGAUUUUGUAACAAUAUCAAUUAAAUUUAACCAAUUUACGUAUUUAUCAAGUUUAAAAUUGUACAAUUAUAACCGCUCCUUGGAUAAAACAUGCAUCGGUGUUAGUAAAAUGAAGAUUUAUUUGGAUGGGAAAGCUUUAAACAACGAGAUUUGGGUUAGACGAGCCCCCGGAAACGUUUUUUAUGAUUUCAUGCAAGAAAUUAGUUUUAACGAAGUCGAAAAUAUCGAAAAUUUUCAACCGUGUGAUAUCCCAACAGGAUUUGUUAUCCAAUUUAACAUAUUUUCAACGUGGGGCGAUCAGUAUUAUUGUGGGUUAAAUGGUUUGGAAAUUUUUAAUGAGUUUGGGCAAAAAAUUCGUUUAGAGGAAUCAAAUAUUUGUGCUUACCCCGAGAGUAUAAACGUUCUUUCUGAUGUUGAUAAUGACACAAGAACUCCAGAUAAAUUGAUCGAUGGUAUAAAUACCGAUAAUAUAGGCGCUCAUUCUUGGUUAGCUCCAAUUUUACCGAAAUGUCUAAAUAGAGUUUACAUAGUUUUUGAUAAACCAAUGAAAAUAUCUCUCAUUAAACUUUGGAAUUACUCAAAAACACCGAAAAGAGGUGUCAAAGAAUUCGCAGUUCUCAUAGAUGAUUUAUUAGUUUAUAACGGAAUUUUAGAUGAAUACUCUGCGUUACAAACGAAAAAUUAUAGAUCGAUAGUCUUUACAAGUUGUGAGGAUGUUUUAAACACCGAAAAAUUAACACUUCUCAAGGAAAGCGGAUCCGGACAAACUUUACUACUUAAUCAAGAACUAAGAAACACUUCAGGAGGUUCUUUAUCAGAAGCUGACCCCGCAUUGCGCCCUUCUACCUCUGUGGCACCUUUAAAAAGGGCUAUAUCUAAAAGUCAAUAAUUGAGGUUAUGUCGUUUUUAUUAUUUAUUUUUUACACAAAGUUCACAGGCCAAAAAUUUGUACGAUUUACACUUAAAAUAUAAAUAAGAAAUGUUU